GUCGUACUAGCACAAGUACAUUACGUUAUCUUGGCGGCGUUGGUCUUGCCGGUGCACGAGGUAAGCACUAGACGAUAUUGACCAAUCGACUAGAAAACCAUCCGUCGACGUACCGGCAACAUUUGCGAAAGGUCCCACCACUUGUAUGCGCCAGGCCACCAAUCUCAUCCCGAUAUCAACGCAUGCUUCUUCGAACGUCCUGCAUCCGAAUUCCUUUGGCUUCAAUCUUCAAUUCAACAGCCAUGCCUGACGUCAAGACCCGGCAGUAUGUGCGCACGCAGAUCAAGUCGUCGCCCGUGUUUCGCCACCCGUCCCCGCUCUCGCCGGACGAAGAAGACCAUCUUCUGGAGCUUGCGGAGCGAACGUUGGGCACGUUUCUCGCCGUCGUAGGCUCGAGCGCGACGCGGGAAGCGCGGAGCGUCUGCUACCACGGCUCGACAACGCUGGCGGCAGACCUGUCCGAGGUCGAGUCGGUCCUUGCCAACCUCACCGACGUGCACAUAACAGAUGCGAUGGACGGGUACGCGGGUGGUCUUCUCGGCUCCACGAUUCUCCACGUCGUCGCUUCGACACCCGAAAUGCACGUUGUUUUGCGCUGGUUUGCGUGCGAGUGCUCGGCGCUCGUGCACCACCGCGACUUUUGCGUUCUCGAGAUGCAAAAACACCUCACGCUUCCGUCCGGGCACAAGGCGUGGGCGCUCGCACAGCACUCGGUGCGCAUUCCUAGCUGCCCCGACCUCAAGCACGCUCUCAACUUUGUACGCGGAUCGUUCUAUCACUCGGGGGUCCUCGUGUCCGAAACCGACACGCCCGGCCGCCUCGACGUGCACCAGCGGUUCGAAUUUGACCUCAAGGGCACGGCGCCGCGCUGGCUGGCCAAGCACACGAUGAAAGCCGCGGCACUCGACUUUACGCGCAUCGAAGCGCACAUUCACGAUCUGCGACGCCAAGAGACCGCUCUCUCGACGUUUCCAGUGAGCAUGACGCCGACCGAGACGUGCUCCGCGUGCUCGCUCUGUGCGACGAAAUUCCAUGUCCUCAUGAAGAAGCUCAAUUGCCAGCACUGUGGUCAGGUCGUGUGUAGCAAGUGCCACUCGGCCAAACGCCAGGGUUGCGUCGCUUGCGUUGAAGACCCUUCGGACGUAGUCGACGAUCUCACAGCGUCCUCUUCGCGCCGUGACUACGCCCCCGCACUGGCAAUGGAGUCGUCCAAGUCGAUGCUGGACGCUAUGACCUCGAGCUUUCGGAGCGAAGACUUGACGCCCGACUUGGCCGAUUUUACGCUGAGCACGACGUAUUUAACAGCCUCUGGGGUGUCGACGAGUCGCCUCUCCGACUCGACGCGGACGCUCGACCUCAAGCACCUCUUGGCUUGCGAGCCGCACGAGCUCGCGAUCGAGCCCCGCGCGAGCUUCCGUCACACGUGGCUCGGCAAAAAACUGCUGCGAUAAGACAUUUACAUUGUUAGUCGUUCGUUGCAUACUCAUAUUGGUAUCGCGCACGGAAGAAUGGACCACAUAUUGACUAGA